GAUUGGCCCGUUACAAAUUCUGAACCAAUCAACGUCGAGGAGGAAUCAGCGAAUUUCAAACUCAGGCCUAGCAUAUUUAAGAUAAAUUUGCAUGUGUGGAGAUAGUUGAGUUUGCAGUCAUGAUGAACAACAGUCGCAAAACUCGGAUGGGGCUCGGAUUUGAAAACAAGAAAGCUAAACCCAGCUCAGAUCAAAGUAAUGUUGGCAACAAUAAUAGCCUAGGAUUGAAAAGACAGGGAGAUAAUUUAUCUGACCCCACCAUGAAACGACGACCCGUCUGUGCCGAUCUCACAAAUGCAUUAAAAGAUUUGAAUACAAAUAGUAAAAUUGGUUUGAAGAAGAAUACAACAAUUGUAAAACCCACAGUUAAAGUUAAUAAGGAUCUGAAAGUAAAGAAGUCGAACAUCAAGAAAGCAGAGAAGACCAAGAUAUCUUCAUCUCAAGACUCAAGUUGUACAGAUGACAGUUCCGAUGUACCUUUAUCACAGGAAUCACAAUCAGUAGAUAUAAGUUUGGUAGAUUUCAAUAAAAGUGAACCAGAAAUAAUUGUACCCGAAGGAGUAGAUGACAUUGAUAAAGAAAAUUAUUCAGAUCCUGUACAGUGUGGAAAUUACGCUAAAGAAAUAUUUAAAUAUUAUAUGGAGCGAGAGUCCAAAUUUCAACUAGAACCAUAUAUGACCCAGCAACCCCAGUUAACAUCCAACAUGAGAUCUAUUCUAGUAGACUGGUUAGUGGAGGUACAAGAAAACUUUGAGUUAAACCAUGAGACAUUAUACCUGGCUGUAAAACUUGUCGACACCUACCUGUCAAUCAAAGAAACACCUAAAGAAAUGCUACAGCUUAUUGGAGGAACAUCUUUAUUUAUUGCUUGUAAAUUUGAUGAACGUUGCCCCCCACUGAUAGAAGAUUUCCUUUAUAUAUGUGAUGACGCUUACAAUAGGAAAGAAUUUUUAGACAUGGAAAGAAAUAUAUUAAAGACAAUUGGCUUUGAUCUGGGUAUGCCCUUAUCUUACAGGUUUUUACGAAGAUUUGCAAAGUGUGUACGAGCUGAGAUGAAGACAUUAACAUUGGCACGUUAUAUAUUAGAGAUGUCAUUAAUGGAUUAUAGUCUGAUAUCUGUACGAGAAUCUAAACUAGCUGCAGCCGCUCUACAUUUAGCACGUAAAAUGAAGAAAGAGGGAGAUUGGAAUAAGACGCUAGAAUACUUUAGUACAUAUAAUGGAGAUGAAUUAAUACCCAUUGUAAAGAAAUUGAACCAUUGUAUAUCUCAUCCAUCUAAACACCUCACAACUAUACUAUCAAAAUACUCCCAUCAAGUGUUUCAUGAAGUUGCUAAGUUGACACCGCUAGAUCCUGAACAACUUUAAAAACAUGAGAAUUCAAACAACUAUGUUUUUAUACAGUGCUGAAUGAUAUAAUAAUAAAGACAAUCACUGCCAGUGUAAUUACCAAUCAGACUAUAUUGACAUGAUAUUAUGCAGGAUCAGAAAUAGUAAUUGACCAUGUGUAAAGAACAUAUGGCCUUUUAUAUGUGAUCAGUAAUUCAUGGAGUUGGCUGUUUUGAUUUCUAACUUCCAAUUAAUAAAAACAUAAACUUGUCAGAGAAUUUUAAUCAGAAGGGUAUUUAACCAUUUUGUGAAUUUUUAUUUCUCCUGUGUUUCUACUCUAAGGGAAUCAUGUAGAUUGUAUAUGUAAUUUAUAUUCUACUGUGUUUAAUCAUUUUAGCAAAUUAUUUUAUUUUACACAUCUAAGCAUAGGGGCUAUAAAACUUGCUCCUGUUACUAGUAAUAGAAAGUAGUAAUAGUAUCAAUAUUUUUAUCUGGACAUAUUAUGUCAACCAAUAAAAGGAAAAAGUCUUUUAUCAAUUGAGGUUUAGAUUACUAAGUAAUUCACCCUGGGAAUAAAAUACAAUUUAUUUAGUUUUAAUAAAAAUAUUUUUUAGGGCUGGGUUGAUGUGAUAUCAAUAUAUAUUGAUAGUAUUUUGAAUUAUAUAUUCAACCUGGAUGUAAUAUAUCAAUAGGAAGAUAUUGGAUAGUAUUUUGAAUUAUAUAUUCUACCUUUUAAGACUAUACAUUCUAACUUCAACAAAUUUAAAUAAAACUUGAGUUUUGUGGACCUGGAUUUAGAAAAUGAGGCAGCUUCAAUCUCCAAUAUGUUUUAUGAAAUGUCUGGUUAGCUAUAUACUAGACAUUUCUUCUUUAUUAACUGGAUCUAUAUUAUCUAGUGUAUUUCAAAAUUCAAAUAUUUUGAAAGUGAUUUUGAAAUUUGUCAACAUCAUGUUUUCGAUAAAAAUUGAAGAAAAGUAAUGAUUUUCAAGGUCUAGGGGAUACGGGUGGUUGAUGAACAUUAUAAAAAAUAAAUCUUAAUUUCUCUUGGUCUUCCUCUUGAGCCAAUACUUUCAUUAGCCACCUAAUGAUAAAUAUGGGUUUAUUAUUGUCAUAUUACUAGAUGAUCGAGACUACCUAUAAACAAUGGCUAAGGGGACAACUAGUAUAUAUCCCUGCAAUAAUGUUCCUCCUAUUUCAUUGAGAAGUUUUAUCCCAGUGUUACUCCUGUAGUACUUUUGGACUUGAGCCAAUCAAAUUGGCUGCGGUAUUAAGAUCAGAAUUAUAGCCUAUGACAAGGUGGCUAACAUAGAGGUUGAACACAGGAAAAGCCACUACCAUACUCUUAUUUAUUAGCCUUUUAAUAUUUGAUAUCCAUGUUUUAUCUUGUAUAAUUGUUUUAAUGUUUUCAUUGGGCAACAUUCUUAUUUUUAAAAAAAUGAAAAUGGAGGUGACAUUUUCACCCUAUAUUUGGCAAUAAAUAAACUUCUUUUACAUUUACAUUAUCAUUUAUUUUCACACUUCCUGUGUUUUCAGAGAUCGUUUUGAUACAUACUUUUUUAAUUCUUUUAAACUAUACAGUCAUGUCAAAACUAAAUUCUUAUUUUAUAAGUAUUUGGGUCUUGUAACUUGUCUGCUAAAACUCUGUUUUGAUUAAUGCAGAAUAUUGCUUUUUUCCAUGAAAACAAAAAUACGAAGGAAGAAAUUAAGAAUGUUGACCUACUGUGUAAAUCUACUUUUUCGGUUCUUCAAGACAUUUUCUUGUCUGUAAUUUAGGGUUGAACACUGGCUGUAUGUUGUUGGCCCCCCCCCCCCCAAAAAAAAAUAAAAAAAUCAUGGUUAGCAUGAUUGAUAAGUUCUAAAAGAUUGAAAAGAAAAUAGAAAGUAUAUAUUGGAAUAUAAGAGAAAUAGACAAUGUGCUGCUAUAUACCUGGCGAACCAAUGUUAUUAUACUGAUGAUUUAUUGCACAGAUGCUGACCGUUGUUACUAGCAUUGGCUAAAUGAGACACAAUUCCCAGGCCGAUCACAUCAUAAAAGAUCGGUUGCAAGGCAACGAAACAUGCACACAGCAGCAAACUCGUCGAAGCGGACAACAAAGAUUAUCACGUAUUUUUUCUUUUGUCAGUAAUGAAAGCAUUUACAACACAUUUACAAUCUGAUUUAGAGUAACAACCCAUUCAAUAAUUAUUAGAAAUCAUUAGAAUUUGUUUGGCUUCUAAUUCUGCCCCAUGUUCACGUUUAGUAUACAAAACAUUUUAAUGUCAUGAAUUUAGCGGUUCAAGAUUUUUUUAAAUGAUCAAGGGUCAUAAAUCUGGCAAUAUUUAUCUUGAAAACAUUUGAAAUCAAUAGGCUUCUUCAACAUAUGCGUCAACCCUUGUUGAUGCUCAGACUAAUUAGCUGCUAAGGACGAAUGUUUCAUUGCCUGGCAACCUAUAUUUAAGAUUAAUCAUUACACGUAUAUCACAUUGCCAUACCAAUUUAAAGGUAUUUUAUUAUAGAAUUUAAAUUUAUUGACAGAUGUAUGUGUCUCUUUUAUAUGCAGCCAGAGCCAAUCACAAAAUGGAUGGAAAGAACUCCCAGAAUUUAUUAUUGGCACUGCAUACAGCUUGUUGAUUUAACUUUUCUUUCUUUCCAACUCUUUGUGUAUGUUGUAAUUAAUUUGUAUAAUAAUUUUUGCUACGAUGUUUCAUUUUGUUAAAUUUACAGUAGUUUUUAUUUCAUCUUUCAUGUAUGUUUGUGUGUGUAUGUGCAACUGUGAGUGUUAUAUGUAUGAUUGUUUCAUUUCAUUCUUUUUUAUUUUAAUGUAAUUUCAUGAGGUUCGUUUUUUUUUUACAAUUUAUACCACUAUCAUUAUAAACGAUAAAUAGCAAUAAAUAAUUCAAUUAGUGAAAAUUUGAUCAGAUUUCUACGAUUAUUUCAAAUUUAUAAUUUAUAGUAUUAAUAAGAAUUCAGUAUCUAGUCUAAAGUAAUGAGAUCUGUUUAUUGCCCGAUUGUGUUCAAAUUUAACAACUAUUCCCGACAAAAGUACAAAAGCCAGGGAAAUUUUUUAAAUUAUUGCAAUAUAUUUUGUGGGACAUACACGCCAGCGUAACCAUGAGAACAUUCUGGCUGUCUUUAACUUGUACAUGUAUGCUCUGUUAUUGUGUGCAAGUUGUUUUAGUCAUUUGAAAAUCUUGUGUAGGUAAAAUGAGAUACUGUUUUGUACAUGGAAAUCUAUUCAACUGAACCAGUCACUUAAAUUAUUUGUGUCUUCCAAUAAAACAAGACAGUAUAUUUCAGCACUUUUAGGUUGAAAUGUUCAAAAUAUAUUCAUUGAUAUUAGGAAUUUUGAAAGUAUCAGUCAAUCAAUUGAAUAGAUUGCUUUUUACUACAAGCAUGUAAUUUCAUGUCACCUUCAUACUACAUUAUAUUAUGAUAAAUAUCUUAUUGUAAAUGUAAAUAAUAUUUAAUUAUACGGAUAAGAAGAAUUAAGAAUUUUUCAAGUAUCAUUUAGUCAGAAUUUUUACUAUAACAAUUUCACGAUAUUCAAAUCUCUUCUUGAAAUAACAUACACCAUUGACUGGAGUAUUCGGAUAGUAUUUUUUGUCCGCAAACUGAACUGAUUUAGAUUUUGUUGAAUUUUAGCUACUUGUGUAAAAUAUAACAUCUUUAAUGAAAAGAAAGAUCAAGAUAAAUAGUAUUUUGUCAAGUAUUUCAAUUCAUCUAACUAAAUACAAACCAAAGCCAAUUCAUUCACAGAAAAAAAAAAUGUUUUGGCAGCUUAGAGUUUUUUUUUCUCUCAAGAGUUCUUGAAUAUAUCACAGGAUAGGCCUGGCCUAUAAUAAUUGUGUAGUUUGAAAUGAUAUAUCCAUCUCGUGUCAAUAUAAUCACUACCAAUAUAAUAAACCUAGAAUAUAUAAAUUGUACUUGUUGUUCUUUAACCGAGUGAUUCACCUACUUAAUACUUAAUACAAUAUUAUGACAUGCAAAUAUAUUUGGGAAUAUAUGGAGAAAUGUGGGAAUAUAUAAUGGAAUGUGGGGAAAAUGACAAGGAUUGCCCUUUGAGUUACAAAUGAUAUCAAUCUCCAUUCCUAGAAAAAAAUGGGUAGUA